CUACAUUUCCCAUGAUCCUAUUCUCUGUGACGUCACUGCUUGAUUACGGAAGUUCUCCAGCAGGUUUAGUGUAACGUGCUUUUCUGUCAGACAGAUUUCAUUUGUAAAUUGAGUGAGUUAUUUAUUUGAAAAAUAAACAAUUGGAGAUGGCAGCUCUUAAAUACGCAGGGAUGGAUGACACAGACAGUGAAGACGAGCUUCCUCCGGGUUGGGAAGAGAGAUCUACUAAAGACGGAUGGGUUUAUUAUGCCAACCACGAGGAAAUGAAGACCCAAUGGGAACAUCCCAAAACCGGGAAGAAGAAGCGCUGUGCUGGAGCUUUGCCAUAUGGAUGGGAACAGGAAACAGACGAUAAAGGCCAAAUCUACUAUGUCGAUCACAUCAACAAACGCACAACAUAUUUUGACCCCCGGCAGGCCUUUACUGUGGAAGACAUACAGGUGAAACCCAAACGCUUCGAUGGAAACACCUGUGCUCUUGAUGUACUGCAGAAUCGUGACCUCUCAGACAAGGUCAUAGUCAUCACAGGGGCCAAUUCUGGUAUAGGUUUUGAGACCGCUCGAUCUUUCGCUCUUCACGGCGCCCAUGUGAUCUUAGCCUGCCGAAACAAAAGUCGUGCCAGUAAAGCAGUGAGUCUGAUCACAGAGGAGUGGACACCAUUCCCAGUUUCAGAGUCCAACCUGCCACCCAGUCAAAUUUGAUUAGCCUUCGUUAUUACUCAAUUUGUCCUGAAAUAGCAGGGAAGUGUUGAUAAACUUCGGAGCAUGCUCUGCCUACCCCAUGAGAGACUGCAGACCGCUCAUAAUGCGGUUACAGGUACAGCAGAGAUGCGCAAGGGAAGAUGUCCGUGUCACGGAGUCUGAUGUCCCCACAUCUCUCCAGUCUCCUCCCGAAGAACUCCUCUCCCGCCAAAUCAAAUUAGGCUGCAUGAAUUAAAGCAAUAACACGAUUUGUUUACCGUGCAUCGUUUAUUUCCUGUCAAGCAGUGCACCAGUGGCAGGCAGCGAUUCCUAGACCUCUGACC